GCGGUCGGUACGUCUAUUGCGCUACAAGUGUGUUUUUCAUGAGCUUUGUUGUUUUUAUAGUUGCAUUUACUUCUGGGCACACCAUGGAUCCUAGUACCACGAGGAGAAAGACAGCUGUGAUAAAUACCAUACUUUAAAUGAGCAUUUAGAUAACCACGAGUCUAAAUUCAUUCAAGUUUGGAAAGGACAAAUAGCUUUUCUGUGUCGAGAUCAUCAUCAAUCCAUUCCAACCGAGUCAACAUAUUAGAAAUGAGUACUGAGAACGCUUCAAAAAAUUGGGAGCUUACUUUGUAUGAAUUACAUCGUAAACCACAAGAGCCUAUUACCGAUGGAACGGUUAUUGCUGUUAGUCCAAGAAGCUUAAAGAGUGAGCUAAUGUGUCCAAUAUGUUUGGAUAUAUUAAAAGUGACUAUGACAACGAAAGAAUGUUUACAUCGUUUUUGCUCUGAAUGUAUUAUCACCGCUCUUCGUAAUGGUAACAAAGAAUGUCCAACAUGUCGUAAAAAGUUGGUGUCAAAAAGAUCGUUAAGAAGAGAUCCGAAUUUCGAUGCGUUAAUUUCAAAAAUUUAUCCAAGUCGUCAAGAGUAUGAAGCACAUCAAGAUAAAAUUUUAGCACGUUUAAAUCGUCAACAUUUAAGUGCAGCAUUGACAAGAUCACUGGAACAACAAUUAGGCUUAAAUGGUAACAACAAUACUACUACUAAUAGUAGUAAUGGCAGUAGAUCACGAAAUUCAACCAACAUUGGACGUAAUCAAACAUUAGUCAAUAGUAAUGCUGGCAAUGGCGGAACAAGUGAAGUACAUACAGAUGCUGGAAUAAGUGAAGAAGAAACAACGUCAAAUUUUAUCAGUAAUGGUGCUUGUUUAACACGACGUGUCUCAUCUACAUCACAUCAAUUAACUAAUAAUUCGGAUACGGAAAGUGGGAUGGAUACAAAUUCAAUUGGCGAAAAUAGUUCUGUAUCCGAUUUACCAGUUUUACAUUAUCGUAAUAAUACAUCAGCUGCUUCUUCUAUGUUUACUGCAACUGCUGGCGGUGCUGCUGAUUCGAAUCAUCCUCAUACUCAAUACAAUUGUUCCAUGGAUCGUAAUAUUAUUAAUAACAAUAAUAGUAGUAGUAGUAUUCUGCAUAAUAAUAAUAAUUCAACCUCAUCUAUGCUAUCACCAUCUGUAUUUCCUGAAAUUGAAGUCUUAUUGAAGCCACAUCCACGUUAUUCUUCUCAGUAUACCGCUUCCACUGCUAUGGCGUCAUCUACUUCGUGUAGUCCAUCUACAUCAACAGGACAUCGUAAUACCAACAAUGCUAACAGUAAUAAUGGUAAUAAUAAUCCUAAUAGUAAUUUCAAUGAUCAAGGAAAUGGUUUAAUCAAAUAUCUUAAAGCUCCGACAAUAACUACAGUUGAUCAUUUAUGUAGAUAUUUAACUGUACGUAUUAAUCUUCAAAGAAUAAACAGAGAAGUGUCUGAUGAAAGUGUUCGAUUCAUUUUAUACAGUUAUCAUGAAAGUACAAAUACUUAUCAAUUAUUAGAUUCCCAUAUGUCCAUUGAAGAAAUUAGUCGUGAUCAAUUUCAUGGAGUGAAUUGUCUUGAUUUAUACUAUGCACGAGAUGAUAUCUUAGAUGAUAGUAAUAAUAAUAAUAAUAAUAAUAAUAAUAAUAAUAAUAAUAGUAAUGGUAAUAAUAAUAAUUGAUAAAGAAGUGCAAAGAAAUACAAAAUUAAAUCAUAAUUUAUAAUGAAUAUUGAACUUCAUAAUUCAUUUAAAUAAUUGUCUAUAUAUAUAAUUCAUCAAUCGCUUAUUAAUAUUGACAUUAUUAACAUCGAUAGUUAUAACAACAACACCACCACCAACAACGCUGCUUCCCAUCAAUACAGUUAUAAAUUAUCAUUAGUGACAUAUUUCUCUCUCAUUAAUGCUCCCUAUAUAUAUAUAUAUUUGUUUGUUUGUUUGUUUG